CUUUUCUUCCGCGCGAAAAACAUUCCAAGAUCCAGGUCCAGAGUUUUCCCGAUAUUUCCCCAUUUUCCGGGCCACUUUUCACACGUGGAAGCCAGGAUGUCGGGCCCUAGUGAAGCGAUCCGUGUGGACAAGGAGCUGGACCUGUCGAAUGCGGGCCGUGGUGUGUGGCUCGUGAAAGUCCCAAAAUAUAUGGCCAACAAGUGGGAAAAAGCGCCCGGUAACAUCGAGGUGGGCAAGCUGAAGAUCUUCAAACAGUCUGGUCAGAAAACGCAGGUCUCGCUCACACUGUCGGAUGCCGUUAUCAACAUCGAUCCGGCCGAGGAAAUCCCCCGCGACCACCGGCUGGACGUGUCGGUCGUGACGAAGCAGACGCUGGGCGUGUUUUCGCACGCCGUCACCACCACCCGGGAUGAUCCGGUCCCGGAGUGCGAAAAACAGUACAUGGAAGGGCGCAUCGUGCAGAAGCUGGAGUGCCGCCCGUACGCCGACAAUUGCUAUAUGAAGAUGAAACUCGAAUCGAUCCGGAAAGCCUCACAACCUGCCCGGCAGAUCAAAUCGCUGGAGAAGAUCGUGCACAACUACAAACCCGUUUCCGAUCACAAACACAACAUCGAGGAUCGGGAGCGCAAGAAGGCGGAGGGCAAGAAGAGCCGCGAGGACAAGAACGCGGUGUUGGACAUGCUGUUCAACGCGUUCGAGAAACACCAGUACUACAACAUCAAGGAUCUGGUGAAGCUGACGCGCCAGCCGAUCAGCUAUCUGAAGGAAAUCCUGAAGGAGGUGUGCGAUUACAACAUGAAAAACCCGCACAAGAACAUGUGGGAGCUGAAGAAGGAGUACCGGCACUACAAGGAGGACGACAAGAAGGAAGCGGACGCGGCCAAAGCCAAUUCGGAUAGUGAUAGCGAUUGAUGAUUGUGAGCGGACAACAGGCGUUUUUCAGUUGCUAGCGACGGUGGUGUUAGGAUAGUUGCGUUGUAGAAGGACCCGAUGGACGAAACACACGAUGAGUAAUAAAUUUAUUC